GAUUUGCUCUGUGAGCAAAUUGUAUAAAAAGUUUGGCUUCAGAUUUAGGAAAUUAAGCUUCAUGAUUUCCUUUAAAUUUCCGCUUUGAUCUCGGCAAAUUUAAUUUCUAUUCGUUUUAGACUAAAGUUACUACUUUUAAAGAUAUUUUUAAAAGUAAUAACCACCGGUGAAUUGUGAUCAUGGCGAAUCCGUCAUCAGGCGUUGUGGUACCGAGAAAUUUUCGUCUUCUAGAAGAACUUGAGCAAGGUCAAAAAGGUGUGGGCGAUGGCACAAUAUCAUGGGGCCUCGAAAGUGACGAUGAUAUGACCCUAACUCAUUGGACAGGCAUGAUCAUAGGACCACCAAGAACGCCAUAUGAAAAUAGGAUGUAUUCUCUUAAAAUUGAAUGCGGUACUAGGUAUCCUGAUGAACCUCCUACGGCUAGAUUUAUUUCUAGAAUUAACAUGAACUGCGUCAACAGUCAGACUGGUCUUGUUGACAAUAGACAAGUUCCAAUUCUUGCAAGAUGGCAACGUGAUUAUACUAUCAAGACAGUGCUUCAAGAAUUAAGACGUCUUAUGACUCUUAAAGAAAACAUGAAGUUAUCUCAACCACCAGAGGGGAGCACCUUUUAGUUUCUCUCAGAGUAUAUAUAUCCCAAUCUACUAUAUUAUCAUGCUGUAUACCUACAGUUGUUUGUCUAAAUAAGGAUGUUGGCUUACUCACUGGCUUAUCAUUUCUUUCUGUUUACAUCAUAUUUGCAUUGUGUAGCCAGUGAAACUUUUUUUAUGAAAUGCAUUUAUUUACUUCUUAAUAUUACAUACUCACUUUGAUUAUAUUUUAGCUGUUUUAGUGGAUUGGGUUAUUAUUAUAUUGAAAUCACUUGUGGGUGUUUAUAACCAAUUUGCAAAUAAACAUACUAUAUUUAUAAUACUUCCUAAAUUAUUCUAGACCUCCUAACCAUACUUGCUUUUAAGCUUAGUAUCAUUUUCAUGAUGGUUUGUACACUCGAAUGGUAAAAUAUUUAAAUGCAAAUUUUCUUCAAAUAUCUACUUUACUGGAUAAUUUCGAACUUAGUUAAUAAGCAUAAAGAAAUAGUAUUGCCCUUAAUAAACAUUGUUUAUCAAGUGUAAAGUCUUUUUCUUUUCAAGUUAAGGUAUGGCUUUGCAGUUUCGACUUUAUUACGAAUUAUUAACAUUAAUUAAAUGUUUGUUGGCUAAAAUAAUAAUUAUAUUGGCUUAAGCUUUUCAAGAUCUAAGGAGUGUAUUGCAGUAGCUCCCAUUUUAUAUCCUCUCAUGUUAUUUCAAUGUUUAUAAACCAAAUGCUAACAUGAAGGCAAAUGUUUUAUAGCUUAAAUGUUUUUACCAAUGUAUAAUUAGCAAAGGUAAAUAAAAUCAAAUGAUUCAA